CGCCCUUCUUUGAGAUCCUUAUAUUAACUGUGGCCAAAGCCCUAAGAAACACAGCUCAUUGUUGGCAGCUGCCGGGCGGUCCUGCGAAGCGGAGAGGGCAGCGAAGGGAAAAGAAAAGGGAACGGCUCGCAAUCUGCCCCAGCGGCUGCUGCAAGACCUCGGCGCCAACCUCGCACAAGCGAGCGCUCCACAGCCCCUCGGCUGCCCAUCUAUGUGCUGCUGAGCCGGUCCUGGACCCGACGAGCCCGACUUCGGUGUUCCGAGCAGAAAUCGCAAAGACGGAAGGACUGGAAAUGGCAGACCAUAUGAUGGCCAUGAACCACGGGCGCUUCCCCGACGGCACCACCAACGGGCUGCACCACCACGCUGGCCACCGCCUGGGCAGCAUUGCGCCCUUCCAGAGCCCGCAUCACCACCAGCAGCAGCAGCCCCAGCACGCCUUCAACGCGCUCAUGGGCGAGCACAUACACUACGGCGCGGGCAACAUGAAUGCCACGAGCGGCAUCAGGCACGCCAUGGGGCCGGGGACUGUGAACGGGGGACACCCCCCGAGCGCUCUGGCCCCUGCUGCCAGGUUUAACAACUCCCAGUUCAUGGGGCCCCCGGUGGCCAGCCAGGGAGGCUCCCUGCCGGCCAGCAUGCAGCUGCAGAAGCUCAACAACCAGUAUUUCAACCAUCACCCCUACCCCCACAACCACUACAUGCCGGAUUUGCACCCCGCUGCAGGCCACCAGAUGAACGGGACAAACCAGCACUUCCGAGAUUGCAACCCCAAUGGCGCGGGCGGCAGCGGCGGUGGCAGCACCAUGCCGGCCUCGGUGGCUCACGUCCCCGCGGCAAUGCUGCCGCCCAAUGUCAUAGACACUGAUUUCAUCGACGAGGAAGUGCUUAUGUCCUUAGUGAUAGAAAUGGGUUUGGACCGCAUCAAGGAGCUGCCCGAACUCUGGCUGGGCCAAAACGAGUUUGAUUUUAUGACGGACUUCGUGUGCAAACAGCAGCCUAGCAGAGUCAGCUGUUGACUCGAUUAAACCUCGGCUGACGAGAGAAAUCAACCCUCCCCUCCCCCCCCCCCCCCCCCCCUUCUUCGGUGUGAAUUAAAAAAAAAAACAUUCCCUUAGACGCAGUAUCUCACUUUUCAGAUCCUGAAAGGUUUGAGAACCUGGAAACAAAGUAAACUAUAAACUUGUACAAAUUGGUUAAAAAAAAAUUGCUGCCACUUUUUUCCUGUUCUUGUUUCGUUUUUGUAGCCUUGACAUUCACCUCCCUUAUGUAGUUGAAGUAUCUAGCUAACUUGGUCUUUUUUGUUGUUGUUUUUUUACUCCUUAGUUCCUCACUUUCUCCAGUGCUCAACUGUUAGAUAUUAAUCUUGGCAAACUGCUUAAUCUUGUGGAUUUUGUAGAUGGUUUCAAAUGACUGCGCUGCAUUCAGAUUUAUGAGUGAAAGGAAAAAUUGCAUUUGUUGGCUGCAUGAACUUUGAAGGGCAGAUAUUACUGCACAAACUGCCACCUCGCUUCGUUUUUUUUAACUAUGCAUUUGAGUACAGACUUAAGUUUUCAAAUACGCUAAACUGGAAGAUUAAACAGAUGUGGGCCAAACUGUUCUGGAUCAGGAAGUCAUACCGUUCACUUUAAAGUUGGCUGUCUCCCCUCCCCCAUAUGUACAGACGAUAAUAGGGCGUGGAAUGUCGUCAGUGGCAAACAUUUCACAGAUUUUUAUUUUGUUUCUGUCUUCAACAUUUUUGACACUGUGCUAAUAGUUAUAUUCAGUACAUGAAAAGAUACUACUGUGUUGAAAGCUUUUUAGGAAAUUUUGACAGUAUUUUUGUACAAAACAUUUUUUUGAAAAAAUACUUGUUAAUUUAUUCUAUUUUAAUUUGCCAAUGUCAAUAAAAAGUUAAGAAAUAA